UCAUCUUUUAAGUAUUGAGCAUAAUCCGUCGAUCUCUUUUUCGUCAAACCGGUAAAUUACGAAGACGUAAAGAAACCAGCAACUUGUCGAGCGGUGAGGCAUAAAAUCACGCGCGCGCGAACAUACACAUACGUGUUUAGAUAUUUACCAAUGAAAGCAAAAUAUUCCCAGACUGAUUCCCUGUACUGGGAAAGGAUUUUUAUUUUCUGGGGUGGGAAGGAUUUAAGUGCUUAAAAUUAACCACAUUCUUCAGAUAGAUGUACUAUCUUAAAGAUGUUGGACAGUGAUGCAAAAAAAUCCACUAGGUAUAAAAUACCAUUCCUUAGCUACAAGAAACAUCAGCUUUCUGUUUUAAAAUGUUAUCAAUGAGAUUUUCAGAUGUUUUCUAAACAUUUCAAAAGUUUUAACUGAAAGCGAUAUUGCCUUUUCCAAUAUCUCUCAAAUGUUAAUCUGUAGAAAUGGUUCACCUUUCUGAGAAAAUGUCAGACAUGAUUGAAGAAGAUACCAAAUCUUCCAGUUAUUUGUCUUCCAACAAAAUGAUAUAUAUUGAGGUAGACUUAAACUCAGAUGGUUACAUGUGUAACCAGUUUAACCAGUAUGGUGAUGAAUUUAAAGAAUUAACAUUAAAUAUUGCUGAUACAGUAUCAUCUGAAUCCCAAUUAUUCCAAAAUGGCACUUCCAAUAUCAAUGUAACAGAACUGAAGUCCUGCAUACAUCAAAAUAACAUUUUGGACCAGGAAUUAAAUUCACAAGUAUAUAAAAAUUCCAAUUUAGACAAUGAAAUACCUACAAUGAAAUCGUACCCUCCAAAUCACAUUUUCCAAAAUAAAUUACACCAAAUUUCAUCAUCACAUGAAAAAUGUGUAUCAGACAUGAAAGAAAUUCCCAGAAAUAAAACUGAACUACUUCAAAAUAAUAUCAAAGCACCAAACGUGGAUUUUUGUGUCACAGAUAAUAAUAAGGAGGAAUGCUAUCAACCAAAGACAGUGUUUCUUACUGAUGAGAAUGAUGAAAAUUCAGUUGUCCUUGAUAUUUCAAGCAAAAAUGUAGUUGGUAUAAAUAAAAGCUUAUCUGAUAAAUAUGAAACUACUAAGACUAAUGUGGAAAUUAUUUCCAACCAAUCUAGUAAAAAACAAAAGGUUUCUGACAAUGCCAUUCUGUCUUCUUGUAUAAAUAAUAAUUGUUUCUUGUCAAAAGAAAUCAUAGAUAUCCCUUGUUCUCAGGACUCUUUUUCUCAAGACUCCUUUGAGGAUUAUUCUUCCUUAAGCUCUUUGUCAGUAAACUCAACAGAAUCUGAUACUAGUGAUCUUGCAGAGCAAUUUGGGAAUAUCCUAAAAAUAAGCAACAGAAAGAAAAUUGUGGAAGAUGAACCUUGGAAGCAUGUAGAAGAUUUCAAUGAAAUUACACUUGAUGAUAAUGGAAGUGAUGAAGAUGAUGAUGAUUAUGUCACAAAAGACAAUGACUUUUCUGAUAAAUUUUCAUUUUCACAACCUUUCUGGAAUUCUCGUGGACUAAAGCAUCUGCAAACUCCAGAAAUCCCCAAAGAUAAUAAAAACGGUCUGACACCUUGCAAACGACCAUUUGAUGAUGGUUGUAGAUGUAAUGAUAAUAACGGUUUCGAAAAUAGUUAUACUCCUUGUAGUGGUAUCAAAAGCACUCAUAAGAUUUUAUGUCCUGAUCCAUCACAAAUUACUUCAGAAAAAGGAAAGAAAACACCUCCCAAAAAGGAAAUAAUCACUAUGAACAACUCUGAAAAUUGUAAUAUAUCACCGUAUGUGACUGAAAAUUUAGAAGAGUUGAAAGCUGUGUAUGAAUGUCUGCAUAUUAAAUUUCCUUCUGAUGACAGCACUAUUUCUUCCCCUGUUCAUCCUGAAGCAUGUUCAGCAUUAAAUUCCCAGUCCAAUGGCUGUCAAAAGCAUUCCAUUUCUGACUCCAGUUUUAAAGUGUCAACUGAGCACUGCAAUAGUAAAAUUGCCAAAGAGAUGCCUUACGUGGAACAACCCCCAAAUUCCUAUCAGAAUCAAAUGCCUCACACACCUAAUCCUAAUUUAAUUUAUUUCCAAACACCAGUAAUCUCCUUCAUUUGUACAGCCUCACAAAAAAGAAAAAUUAACCAACAGCAAAUUGAUGGCUUGACUAAAGAGGACUUUCGGAAAAUUGGUGGGAGUGGCACUUGUCUUCAUGAAGCUGCAGAAAAUAAUAAUGUAUAUUUAUUGGAGGCUUUGCUAAAACAGUUGGAUAAGUUGCAGUUUAAACAACAUAUCAUUAACUUCAGAAACAAUUACGAACAGACUGCACUUCAUUUGGCUGUGAUAAAAAAUUUUCCAAGUAUGGUUCAUAUUUUAAUAAAACAUGGAGCUGACGUCAACAUAUUAGCAAAAAGCUGUCAGGAAGACAGUUCAAAAUUUGAAGCCCCUCUUCAUCUGGCUGCCUCCAAACUAAAAAGAACAUUAGUGAAAGAACUUUUAACAGCCAAAGACAUUGAUUUAGAUCUCAAGAACUCAGAUGGUCAGACUGCACUUCAUUGUGCCGUUCAAACUCCUCAUUCAACUGGGACAGACAAGACUUUCAUAAUCAGUAAACUCAUUAAAAUGAAUGCAAAUCCAUCAUGUAAGGAUAAAGAACAAGGCAAGAAUAUUUUGAUGUAUGCCAUAGAAUUUUGUGAUUAUGAUGUCAUUAGUGUUAUUCUGAAGACUGCAUCAUGGGAACAUAUUAAAAAAAUGCUGACAGAUAAAUCUGACAAAGGAGAGACCUGCUUGACUCUUGUAAAUGCUUUUGAUAAAGAUCAUGAAUCAUUUUCCAAACAAUGCAAAUUGGUGCAAACCUUGCAAGACUACCACAAAAAGGUAGUUGGAGAACUACAAGAUGUACAACCACAUCCAUUAUUGAGUGAGGAUAUAUAAUUUUUAUAUCCAGCAAGUUUUCCUGAAAGGAUUAGCAACAUAAGCAAAAUGAUUAUAAACUAGAUCAUGUGAUUACUUUUGGUAUCACACAAGGGAAAGUAAUGAUCAGAAAACUUUUAAAGUGAGGAUUCUACUAUUAGGCUUAAAGAUGUAAUAUCUUUGUAUUUAGGUUUCUAAUCUGAAUAAUUUUAAUUUUGUUUUUUUACAGAAAAAAAUUAAUUUUUAUAUAUGCUUCCCAGAUCAGAUCAAUGUUAACUCACAAGAGAAUGUAUUCUCUAUAAAUGCAAGAUAUUUAUUCAGUGUAUUGAUCUCUAAAUAAAACAUGCCCUAGAUUUUAGAAGAUUUUCAGAGAAGAACAAGAGAACUCAAGUUUACUGUACAACAACAACAACAGAGUGCAAGACUAAAUGCUGUUAGGAUAUUACUUUUCAAGAAAAAUGUAUAGAAACAAUAAAUGCCUCAUGAUCAAAAACGUGAUUUCAUAAACCAACACAAUGAGAUACCCUUCAGCUACAUUGGAAGGGAGCAUUUGUGCAUAGGUUUAUUCUGAACUACUUAAGUACUUCAAAUGUAACAUAUCAUUGUAAUAACACCCCUAAAUAAAUGUCAAAUAAGCUGAUGAUAAAUUGAUUUCAAUUCUUAAAUUGAAUAAAAUAUUAAAUAUUU